AUGCCCUCCCCACCCCAUCGAGCGGAGGGAGCAGAUGCCCCCGUCUGGCUGAUAACAGGAAGCAGCACAGGUAUCGGCCUGGCCCUCGCCCGCCAUGCCCUCUCCCUCGGCCACAACGUGAUCGCCACCGCCCGCAACCCCAACAAGUACCCCGACAUCGUCGCCGAACUCACCUCUCACUACCACCACCACCCGCUCAGUGGGCACGCACAAGCGCACUUCCUCACCCUGGACGUCACGGCUCCGUAUGCACAGAUAGAGGCGUUCGUGAAACACGCGGAAUCGCUGCAUGGGAGAAUCAAUAUCCUGGUGAACAACGCGGGAUACUGCGUAUUGGGGGCUAUCGAGGAUGUGCCAAUGGAGAAGUGGGAGCAGCAGAUGAGGACAAAUGUUUUUGGGCCAGUGGCAUUGACCAAGGCUGUAUUGCCGGCGAUGCGGAAGAGGCGCUCCGGCACGAUUCUGAAUAUCUCCUCCGGCGCAGGCUUCAUCGCCCCAACCGGCCAAGGCGUCUACUCCGCCUCAAAACACGCUCUCGAAGCACUCACCGAAAGCCUCGCCUCCGAGGUAUCACCCUUCGACAUCCGAGUUGCCAGCUUCGUGCUGGGUGCCUUCCGUACCUCGAUGGGUCAGGUUGGGGCGGACAUUGUGCUAGACCGAGAGAGGACAUAUCGAAACAUUGGACAAGCUGGCACCGGGGAGUCCGAGGAAGGCGGCGGACUUUAUCUGCGAGGUAGCUCUUGGGAGGAGGAAUUGCGGGAUCCGGAGAAUGGAGAGAGGCUGUUGAGGUUUAUCCUAGGGGAUGACAGUUGGAAGGGAGUCAACAGGAAGAUUGAAGAGGAGACUGGUGUGAGCGGCGCAUAG